UCCUCCAUAAAAGAGAAAGAGGGACGAAGAUAGAUCGAAACGCCACUUUUGAAAAUUUCUAGGUUUUGUUUGUUCUCUUCCGCACUCGAUAUUGGGAUUUUUCUCCGCGAAAAUGUCUCCUCCGCGGAUGUGGUAUAAGGGUGGUCCGUGGCCUCGACCCAGUGCCAGAGAUGACAGCAGUGAGGAAGACCUUGAGUUCGACCAAGAUGACGAAAUCAAAUCAUCAUCUUCUUCAGAUGAUGAUCGUGCCAUCUCCGCAACCGCAGGUGAGGCCGAGGUGGUUCCCGCAAAUGUCAGGAGGAGGAAAAAGACGAGGAAAAGAACAGAUCUGGCAUGGCAGAAAUGGGAAAAAGAAAACAUGGGUGGUAUAGAUGAGCAUUUGUCAGAUGAUGUGAAUCUGGAUGAACACAGUGAAACUCUCGCAGAAACGGCUGAGCAGCCUCCAGACGUGAUUGUACCUCUACUGAAGUACCAAAAGGAAUGGUUGGCUUGGGCGAUGAAUCAGGAAGCCUCGGUAGGAGGAGGCAUUCUUGCUGAUGAGAUGGGGAUGGGAAAGACCUUACAGGCCAUCUCUCUUGCUCUUUCCACUCCGAAACAAGGGAGGGCGCUACGUUACAAUAGAAAGCCUAUCUUGAGCACCCUUGUUGUUUGUCCUAAGGUGGCUGUGUCGCAUUGGAAAAGCGAAAUUGAUCAUUGUACCUCCCCAGGAAGCACCAAAGUGAUUGUUUAUUAUGGGAAAGACAGAAGGAUGAACAUCAGAGAACUCACGAACUAUGAUUUUGUUAUAACGACCUAUUCCACUGUUCUGCAUGAAUCUAGGGGAGUUCAGAAGUCAUUUGGUGAUGAGUGUCCAAAUUGCGGCCGAUCAAUUCGUAAAAAUAUUGAGUUGCACUUGAGUUACUGCAAAUCUAAGGCUCCAUCUUCAGAGCAGGGCAAAGAACCCGAUAAAACCAAUGCCAUGGUGCGUAACAGUAGGAAGAAGGCCAAGCAAACUGAGGGAGAAGUUGGAGUACACUCUAUUUUUUGGAACCGUAUCAUUCUGGAUGAGGCACAUUGCAUGAGAGAUAAACGUAGUAAAACUGCCAGAGCUGUUUUUGCUUUGGAAGCUAAGUAUAGAUGGGCUUUGAGUGGUACCCCUCUUCAGAAUUGCAUUGGAGAGCUUUAUGCUAUGAUUCGCUUCUUGCAAAUUCGUCCAUACUCGUAUCACUGGUGCAAUCAUUGCGACUGCUCAAUUCUUGAUCUGAGUUCGUGGAAGCAGUGUCCCAACUGUAGUCAUGAAGCCUGGAAGCAUUUCUGUUGGUGGAACAAGUAUGUGGGUAAGCCAAUAAGAUACCAUGGAAAUCCUCUCAGAGGAAAAAGAGCCCUGAUAUUGCUUAAGCAUAAAGUUCUGAAGGAAGUUUUACUAAGACGUACUAAAAAGGGCCGAGCAGCUGAUCUCGCACUUCCUCCUAGAAUCGUAGAGUUGAGGCGAGAUUCCCUGGACGUAAAAGAAGCGGAUUAUUAUGAAUCGCUGUGCAAAGACAGCCAGGCAAAAUUCGACACGUACGUUCAGGCUGGAACUGUUUACAAUAACUACGUAAAUAUAUUUGAACUCCUUGUCCGUUUGAGACAGGCUGUUAAUCAUCCGUACCUUGUGGUAGUUCCCAAUUCAGCAGUCAGAAAUGUUGCCUUGACUCGCGACAAUGCAAAUGACCAAGGAUGCUGUAUCUGCGAUCAGUUAGCUGAGGACCGAGCUGUAGCUCGCUGUGGACAUGUGUUCUGCAUGGGUUGUGUGCUUGACUUCCCUGGGUUUGAAAGAAAUACACCAUGCCCAGCUUGCUCGAAACUAACAACUCCGGCCCGUAAAAACAAUCAGAAGAGUGCUGUCCCAGGAUUUAAAGCCUCAAGCAUUAUAAACAAAAUAAACCUCGACAAUUUUCAGUCAAGCACAAAGAUAGAAGCUCUGAAGGAAGAAAUCAGAAUCAUGGUAGAAAGAGAUGGGUCGGCGAAAGCAAUUGUUUUUAGCCAGUUCGUGUCGUUCUUGGACCUGAUAAACUACGCUCUCAGAGAGUCUGGGGUUAGUUGUGUUCAGAUCGACGGUACCAGGACCAUGGCAGAAAGAGAUGCUGCUAUCAGUAAAUUCAAAGAGGACAAGAGCUGCCGGAUUAUAUUGAUGAGCUUGAAAGUGGGAGGGGUUGCUCUCAAUCUCAUGGUGGCUUCCCAUGUUUUCAUAAUGGAUCCUUCGUGGAAUCCGGCAGCAGAGCGUCAAGCACAGGAUAGGAUACACAGGAUUGGACAGCACAAACCUACCAGGAUAGUGAGAUUUAUAAUAGAGAACACGGUGGAGGAAAGGAUUUUGGAGCUCCAAAAGACUAAAGAGGUUUUGAUUGACGGGAUGUUGGGGGCAGGCGCCAUAGAAGCUGUUCACAGGUUGACUUUGGCAGAUCUUAGGUCCCUGUUUCUGUGACGCAUUUACAAGCAGAUUCAUGCGCUUUUGGGAUUUGAUAUUUGAUGGAAUGCACGUCUGAACGAACAUUCGCAACCAAAAAACAGAACAAUCAAAUCUCAAAA